AUGAGGAAAGCUUUUGGGUGGUGUUCUGGUUUUUCACUCAUGUAUUUUCCUUUGUGGAUUGUUAUGUUCAUGUCUGCUUUCUUGGGACUUCUUGGUUAUGGCUUCCAGUGGCUUGUUAUUCAGAGAUUGAUUGCUUUGCCUUACUUUCUGGUAUUUUUCCUAUGCUUGAUUGCAGGAUGUAGCAUUUGCUGGUUCAACACAAUCUGCUAUGUAUUAUGCAUAAAAAAUUUCACAACUAACCGUUCACUUGCAUUAUCUUUAAGCAUCAGUUUCAAUGGUGUAAGUGCAGCUUUCUACACUCUUAUUGCCAAUGCAAUAAACUCAAACAAUGACACUCUCUAUCUCUUACUCAAUGCCACUGUUCCUCUCCUCAUUUCAGCAUUAGUACUCAUUCCAGUUCUCCAACAACAACCACAACCUCAACAACAUCCCACCAACUCACUUAACCUCUGUGAGUCCAUAGUUUUUCUUUGCCUCAACAUCCUUGCACUUGUCACAGGCCUUUACCUUCUCUUCCUAUAUUCCCUCUCCUCGUCCUCCCUGACCGUCACCCGUGUUAUCCUCGUCGGCGCGAUUUUUCUCUUAGCAAUGCAUUUUUUCUUGCCAAGCAUUGUGAAUUUGAAACAAUUGUCUUGUUGUACUCUCCCUACAAUUUUCUCUCUUGUUGACAAUAACGAUGAAAACGAACUUCACAAAGAACUCAUUUAUAAGGAGGAUAAUGAUGUAAGGAGUAACGAAAGUGUACAAAGCUCGAUGAUUGAGAAGAGUUAUUGUUUUGCGAAUGUGUUGGAAAAGGAAAAGAUUACAAUGCUUGGCGAAGAACAUACAACUAAGAUGUUGAUUCGUAGGUGGGACUUUUGGUUAUAUUACAUUGCUUAUUUCUGUGGAGGAACAAUUGGAUUGGUUUAUAGUAAUAACUUGGGACAAAUUUCUCAAUCACUUGGAUAUAACUCUGAGACAAGUUCUCUUGUGACACUUUAUUCCACGUGCUCCUUUUUCGGUCGGCUUCUUGCAGCCGCACCCGACUUAUUUAGCAGCAAGACACACAUUGCAAGAACUGGAUGGUUUGCAGCAGCCUUGGUGCCAACACCAAUUGCAUUUAUUUUACUAGCCAUAUCCGGUACUAAAACGGCGUUACAAUUAAGCAUAAGCUUAAUUGGAUUAAGUUCUGGCUUUGUGUUUUCUGUGGCAGUAUCUAUAACAUCUGAGCUAUUUGGUCCAAACAGUGUUGGUGUGAACCACAACAUCCUCAUCACAAACAUUCCUUUAGGUUCAUGUCUUUAUGGCCUUCUUGCAGCAUUGAUUUAUGACUCUAAGGCCACAAGAAAUGCUAUGUGCAGACAUUUAUAUGGUGGGGGUUGCAUUUCAAUUGUUGGAUUGGUUUCAAGUUUCUUGCUUUUCUUAAGGACUAAGCAAGCUUAUGACAGUUCUGAAAGAAAUAAAAAUAGCAACAGAAUACAGGCUUCGUUUUGA